AUGCAAUUCAAUUAGUGUGAAAGCAGUCAGCGGUAGUGGUCGAACAACGUCGUCGUCAUCGGUCGUCAUUCCGAUCGACAAGCGCGAGAAGAGAAGAGCAUCGAAAUAACGCAAAAAUAGCUCACUAUCGCAAGAUUAGUUACUCACAGAAGAUCAGAGCAUGAAGAACGAAGUGUCAUUAUUGGUAAACGAUCACUGAUCAAAUUGCUUAUAGUUACAAUUGUUUACUAGUGCACGCACGUGGUUUGCCAAACUGAUAAUAUCGAAACGUGCAUCAUCAUAGUGGGAACAAUAUAUCCCGCGUCUCCAUGGCGUUCAAUGGCUGUGCAACCCAACUAGAGAACUCGAACAUUCAAAGUGCCUGACGAUGUUGGCUGUUUGGUUCGUAAUGGUGUUUUUAUUCAGACUUGUGAAGGCAGAUGAACGACCCACCGGAUAUUUGUUCUACACAUCGGACGUGAUCAAUCUGGAUUUGAACCAAACAUCUUACAUAGUGGGAUGUACGGUGAACUCCACCGGUGGCGUGGGAACAGAUAUGAACAUCCAAAAUCUUAUGAUCUUAGAUGCACGGCGAAACCCAUAUUUGACGGAGAUCGUCAACGAUACAACAAUUAUACACAAAGUGGAUCUUCGUAAUGGUGAUGAGUCGACCUUGUGUGGUGUUAGGAGCUACAUUUGCCGAUUGAAUCGUUCCUUGAUAGCGAUGCGUAGUAUCUACGUGGCGAGACCUCCACCGGCAAUCAAACCAGCUGAUUUCAAAUGCAUUUCCUACAACCGGAAACGGCUGGUUUGUCAGUUUCAGCGGGAUAAUAGUUGCGGUCUCUACACGGAAUACAAUCUGUUCAUGAUCCGGCUGAGCAGUCAUAGCGUUUGCAAUCUCACAGAUAACGGAACCAUGCUUAGUUUUGACAGCAGUUCAGACACGUGCGUGUUCUCAUCUGGUCACAGGACGCUAACGUUCCGGAUCGAGGGCACGAAUAAGAUAGGAAAAACGGAAUCCACACAUCUGGUGGAUCAUUUCGAUAUUGUGCGUCCAGAAGAGCCGAGUGAUUUGCAGGUGUCAUUUCUGGACGUUACUAGCGUGAACCUAACGUGGAGUAUGAGUUUCCUGUUGUACAAUCUGAAUCGUUCCUUCGAGGUGGAAUUUCAUUUGAUUACUAAGCAUGGUGUGCUACAAAUCUUCGUUGACCUAAGUCUUUCGAAGGACAAGGAAAUUAUGCACCAUUUCAAAGAUCUGUAUGCUUUUACGAGCUACGAGUUGAGAAUGAGGGUUCGAGUUAUUCCCAAAUCAGAAAGAAACUUCGAAGAAGAUUAUUGGUCCGAGUGGUCUUCAAUUGAAUUUCAAACGAAGGCCUGUAAACCAUACGAAGCUCCACGCAUUCUACCAGGUGCUUAUAGUUUCAAGGAAAGGAGAGAAAACCUGGUGACCAUUGAAGUAUUUUGGGAACAAGUUCCUGAACAUCGUUACAAUGGACCGGGCUUUGGGUAUGGUAUCUAUGCUCUAUCACAAUCAGGUCACAAGCUUUCGACGAAUUGUUCCAACAAUGGAGUAGCGACAUUUCAGAAAGUAAAGGUUGAUGAGCAGUAUAUAGUGUACUUAUAUUCGUACAACGAAGAAGGCCGGUCAGACGAUACCAAUAUUAUUCACAUCUAUCCUCAUAAAUCUAAGUAUCAACCCAAAAUAAAGAGAAUGUUGUACAAUGAGAGUUAUCAACUGCAGUGGUUUCCGGUUGACGAAAGGGCACACCUUUCUAACUACACGAUUAUGUAUUGCAGUUAUAGCACUACGGGAACUUGCCAUGGGUCUAUACAAUUCGAUUCCUUACCUUCGGAUGCAACAUCAUAUGUCUUGAACGUGACCAAACCACUUACUUUUGCCUUAGCGGCAAAUUAUCAUACGUACUCUUCAGAGUUGACAUGGCCCUUAUGCACGAUUUCUCCAGCGACGAGCAUAAGUCAAAUCAGUUUCAAGUUAACCGAUAUUACCGAACAGUCCUUUACGCUGCGGUUGCAACUAUCUUGUAUGGAUCAAUCCUUAAUUGAUCGUUACGAUGUUCGCUAUUGGCCCACGUUGAAGCGUGACGCGAUGAGAAAUCAGACCUUCCGACCAUAUGAUACGGUUAUUCCCAUUGAAAAUCUGAUCAUCGAUACCGAGUAUGAGGUGAUCGUUACGGCAUACGAUGAUAGAGGAAACACAUUUGAAGCGAGCAGCUCGGUUCGCACUAAGGACAAAGAUAUUCUUAUGCAGUUGGCACUCUUUCUUCUCUUUGGUAUGCUAGUAAUGGGUUUCAUUACUACGACAGCAACACGCAAAGUGAAGAAGAUAAUGAACAUCAAAGUAGAAAUACCUUCUGGAUUACUGGGAAUCUAUGAAACGCCGAUUCAGGUUUCUUUAUGUAGGUUAACUCUUUCCAAGAGGAGUCUGAAUUCCAAUCUAUCUCCGAAGGUUUGGAGUUGGAAGAGCUUUCUAAUGGCGAAAACCAUCAAUUCGUCAAAAAGCAGAAUCAUUGUUUCCCAUCGAACUGGGAACAAUCGAACCAGUCACCAUCGCAGCUGCCCUUCGAUGGAAUACCAGUUCAAGUGAAUACCGUUCAAAAGAAAUGCAGACCUGAGAAUUUCAUCAAUGCAAUUGAGAUGGAAGAACUUUCACCCAGCGAAGAAAAACCGUUCCUCAAAGUGAAAUCCAUUCUCAAAAAACCGGAACAAAUUUGCCCACCGAAUCACUCUGAAAAACCAAAACCCACCGUGCAGAUUGUCACGGGGGACAACUACAUCAAGCCAUCGCAGAUGCCAUGCAUGAUGGAUCCGACAGAAGUAAUGCCACCUAUCAUUCGUGAGAACAGUCCAUCUGGUUACGUGGAUGUUAAACUAAUGCGGAAUCAACAUCGAGUGUAGACCCUUAGACCAGUGAACACAGGACCAGAUAUUGUGCGUCAAAAGUUUUAACAAGAUACAAGCUACUUGUAAUGUAACAAAAAAAUAUCGUGAACACUCGUAUAAGUUUAAGGAUUUGAAGUACAAAUUGCAGUGAUAACCGUAAUAUGACAAAUACAUACAUAAUUCCUUAUGUUUACGAAAUAAACUAAGACAAAUUUGUAUACAGUGGA